AAUUGUUGUGCCUAGAGAGAGAGAGAGAGAGAGAGAGAGAGAGACCCAUUUUAGCUUCGUAAAACGCACUGGCACUAGGCUAGGCGGCAGAGGCAGUUAACACCGUCGGUGAGAAGAGAUGGGGUUUCUGACGUCGGCUUCAAUGCUUCUACGCCGUAAAUAUCGCCAGCUAGGGUUCUUAACCUCCUCGUCGCCGCUCUUUUCCAGCUUUAAUUCCAUGAAUCGCUCUCUCAGCUCUGGUAAUAUUUUGUGCAAGGUGUUGUUGCAUAAGGACUCUCUUAAUGGACCAAUGUGUAGCGUUGGCUUGUUAAGAUCAUCUUGGUUUCAUUCGACUACAGCUCGUGAGACCGACAAUUCCGUGAGCAAAUCUGAGAACAGUUUGAGUCAAGAAGGAGUAGUAGCUUCUACUAAACCGAAGAGGAAAAAACUGAAAGGUAAACGAGCAGUUGUGCGGUGGCUAAAGUUUUUCCGGUGGAAGAAAAAGAAAGAGUUUGAAAGAAUGACAUCUGAAGAAAAAAUACUUAACAAACUAAGAAAGGCUCGGAAGAAAGAGGAACGUCUUAUGGAGACGAUGAAGAAGCUAGAACCUUCAGAGUCAGCAGAAACGAGACAUGACCCUGAGAUAUUGACACCAGAAGAGCAUUUUUAUUACCUGAAAAUGGGGUUGAAGUGCAAGAACUAUGUUCCGGUAGGGAGACGUGGUAUAUACCAAGGAGUGAUUCUGAACAUGCAUCUUCACUGGAAGAAGCAUCAGACGUUACAGGUUGUUAUCAAAACGUUUACGCCUGAUGAAGUGAAGGAGAUUGCUGUUGAGUUAGCUAGGUUGACUGGUGGGAUUGUGCUUGAUGUACACGAAGGGAACACGGUGAUUAUGUACAGAGGGAAGAACUAUGUUCAACCUCCGACUGAGAUCAUGUCGCCGAGGAUUACUCUUCCGAGGAAAAAGGCUUUGGACAAAUCUAAAUGCAGGGAUGCGCUUCGUGCGGUUAGAAAGUAUAUUCCGAGGCUUGAACAAGAGCUUCAGUUGAUUCAAGCGCAAGGUGAGACGCAGCGAGAUGACCCGAAUGUUAAGGUUGAUGAUACUCAAGAGAGGUCGGAAGAGUUGAAGAAGAUUAUAGAAAGAAGCGGAGAGUGUUUGGAGGAUGAGCAAGAAGAAGAAGAAGAAGAAGAAGAAGAAGCAGGAUCAGAACUAGCGACGGACUCAGAUCUUUCUGAUAUUUUUGAGACUGAUUCGGAAUUAGAAGACGAGAAAACAGAGCGACCGCUCUUUCUUGAAGAGUUUGAGAAGUUCCCAGCGAUAAACAACAGCAGAGAAGAGGGAGAUUUUGGUGAUCCGGGGAAGGCUAAAUCAGAAGAUGAGGAGAAUGAUGAUAAGUCCCCAGACUUUGAUGAAGUUGAUAAAAUGUUUCUUCGUGCUGCGUCGCUUUUAAAGAAGAAAAGACGAUGAGUAAUCAACCAUCAGAGAUUUCAUCAUCUUUACUCAUACUCACAAUUGGUACAACCCUACAAGUGCUGAUGUGUUUAACAAAGUCACAAGUAUAUCUUCUUUCUUAACAUGCUCGAAGGCUUUAUAUAUUAAUUCUGUGAUAGCAAAUUGAUAACAUGUGGUUAGGAGAAAUAUGCUUUGCUUUAACUUUUGAAUUUUUGUGUGAAUGUAAAAGCCUAAGGUUAAGGAGAUGCGUUGAGAAUCA